AUGACAUAUCGGGAAGCCAAAAAUCUUUCAGUUUUUGAUGAUACAUGCCCGACAGAAGAUGAACAAUUUUCAAAAGAAAUACAUGGAUACGAAUGGUCAGAACAGUAUCAAGGUGUAAUAUUAGGCGCAUUUUAUUGGGGUUACACACUUCUUCAUAUACCUGGAGCAAUUUUAUCUGCAGAAUAUGGUGGAAAAUAUACAUUGUCUAUAGGAAUUUUGUCGACAGCAAUUCUAACUUUGCUGACGCCUCUUACUAUUCAAUAUGGCGGAGCUGGGUGGCUUAUUGCAUUACGAGUUCUAGAGGGUUUUGGUGAAGGAACAACAUUUCCGGCUUUAAAUACUUUACUAUCAGCUUGGAUUCCUUUAAAAGAACGUGCGAAGGCCGCAGCAUUUGUUUACGGUGGUGCUCAGGAAUUUUUAUGCUAUAAAGACCCAGAAUCACAUCCGUUUAUAAGUGACAAAGAAAAAAGUUAUUUGAAAAAGGAGCUUAAUCAGCUAUCAAGAGAUAAAGCAAUUAAAAAGACACCAUGGUUAAAAAUUUGCACAAGCGUCCCUAUGAUAGCACUAGUUGUUGCUCAACUUGGUCACUCCUUUGGAUAUUUUACUGUGGUUACAGAUCUUCCUAAAUACAUGGCUGAUGUUCUGAAAUUUAAGAUUAAGGAAAAUGGUUUAUAUUCAACGCUUCCUUAUGUUGCUAUGUGGAUAAUGUCUAUAAUUUUUGGAACUAUCAGUGACUGGAUGUUAACAAAAAAAUGGAUCAGUCUAACAAAUUCAAGGAAACUAUUCACAACCUUCUCAUUCACAGUGCCUGGUGUGUUUCUAGUUGUUGCAUCAUUUAGUGGAUGCGAUAGAAUGCAAGCAGUUUUAAUGUUCACAGUUGCCAUGGGUUUUAUGGGAGCUUAUUAUUCAGGAAUGAAAGCAAAUAAUUUAGAUUUGAGUCCAAACUUUGCAGGAGCAAUCAUGGCAAUAACAAAUGGAAUCGGAGCUAUAAUAGGAAUAAUAAAUCCUUACAUUAUUGGAUUGAUAACACCAAAUCGUACAAUUUCUGAAUGGCGAAACGUAUUUUAUAUUUCAUGUGGAUUUCUUACAUUUACAAAUAUUGUUUACAUUAUUUGGGGCUCAGCUGAAAAACAGCCUUGGGACACUCCAGAAGAAAUUAGAUCAAUUGAAAAUGUUGAAACCGAAAUGAACAGAGUUGAAAAUGAGACUGAAGAAAAUAAUAAAACAUAAUUUGCAUUUGAUAUUAAUUGAGGAGCAAAUGGUUCUGUUU